AUGCCCCCACCAUCUCCCUCUCUAUCCUUCAAGAACGGUGACGGCCUUCAACCAAGACUGCAGACUGUUAUCAAGCCUCAUCCUCCUCGUCUGCAGCAUUCUCCGUCGUUGCCCAAUAUAUGGUUCCCCCCACAUUCGGGCCCUAUACCCCCAAAACUAAUCAGGAUGUCUUUUGAUAAUGACCACCUUUUGUUGGACUCGGAGUAUUCCAAAAAACACGAAGCGCCACCUCAGCCUAGUGACAAAAAGCAGUCUGAGAAACCGAAUGUAGUCCCUUUUCGUGAAAAACCGCUGACGAAUCGUCCUCACGUCAAGAUUAAUGCACAAAAUACGCCUAGUAGGAGACAUCGUAUCGACAACGAGCCUCACAAGCUCCUGACUCCGCCACUUACGCCGUCCUCCAGCAUCAGGACCACCACUAGUGUCGACAGUAGUCUGGGUCAUGGUGAUAACUUUGCUGUUGUCCUGUCCACUGAAGUUGCCGGCAGAGAUGACGAUCUUUGUCCAUCGAGAUUCUUGCGCGUCGACAACUUCUCGCCCGAUGUACCUCAGAAAGUUGUUCAAAACGCCAUAUCAUCCUUAAUAACGACACCACAGCUUGCACGCUAUCGCCCUGACACCAAAUUUCCUGCUCCUACUACCUCUUUCAACAAGGAUGACAUAGCUCAAACCAAUCGCAGGAAAUCAUUCCUGGAGAAUCCUAUCAAAGGACUCCUCUUGCGAUCUGGAUUCGUUUUCCUGGCAUUCCACGAUCUCCGAGAUGCUAUUGCAGCCAAGACGUAUUUCGAAACUCGUCAGAGUGAUGUCUUUGACAGCUGCGUCGAUCAGGCUACAAAUGAGAUAGGCAGAAAAAGAUUGACGGGCACAUUUUUGACUAUGGACCAGGUUACCAUUGAACUGGGAGAAUCGACUUUUCUAGAGUCAAUGGACGCUUCGUUUCAACUCACGGUUGAGCCGGAUGUACCCCUAGAGGAUGUCUCUAUAAACUUAACGAAGCGCACCUACAACGAAGACGUAGAGACAAAGAAAAGUGUCAGAAUCGCGACUCGGGAGAUCGUCUUACUGCGAACUUUUCUCGAGAGCUUUGGCGAUAUCAGAUCAUUCUCGGAUACGACACCGGACAAUGAGGGUCGGGCCUCCAAUUCUGAAUGCAAAACGUUCCGCGUCGAAUUUUUCGAUAUCCGCGAAACUACUUCGGCAUAUGAAGCCCUAGAUGGCAUGGCGAUGUUCGGAAUGAGGAUCAAAGUUUCUGGCCGCGAAAACCUCGAGAGCAUCGAGAAUACGAAAUCUACCGCUGAUCAUGAAGAUUCUGAUGUGAUCCAAGCCGAAAAAACGACAAUAGUUCCUUUCCCAAUUUCUAGAGCAUCCGACGACUGUAUUCAGCCUUUCGGACCUCCUGGACAGCUAUCGCAAACCCGCCAGCUUUUCUCCCUUUCCUUGCCCGUUGACGGUCUAUCGAAUGAUGACACCCCCUUAACUGCGUUUUCCGACCCUUCGGAGAACCGUGGAUCUCCUCCAGUCUUCUAUACUUCCGAAACUCACGUCGUUAAUGGCACUCAGGUUGGGAUCAAUGGUAAAACUCCUGAUGAAAGAAACACGUUAGACCCCCAACAUCAACUCGUACAAAGCUACUACGGAUUUGCUUAUCCGGCACUCGACCGGGCAGCAAAUCAGACGCCUCUCAUACCUUACUUUGCGUCGACCCCAACUCCUCCGCCUCUUGCAUUCCAUUCCGGUUAUCUCUCCCCACCCCCUCCGCCUCGUUUUUUGGGACCUGGACCGAUCAAUACUUUUUCUGGAGGUAUUCCAUUAGAACGUGAUCCUUAUGCCAUGCAACAUAUAAAUAUGGCUUGGCCAAUCGAGAUGAAUGGUAUUCCUGCCUACCCUUCCGGAUUCCCGCGCAACGCGAAUGCUCCGCCCCCUCAAGAUCCGUAUUGGCUACAAGGCGCAACGCCUACGGGCUUUUCGGGAAGCACUGCAUCGUACUUUUCUCCUGGCGUCCCUUGUCUCCCUGGUCGACCCCCUAACGACGAAUCGUCUGCGCCGCCCUCCUCGUCAGCUCCAGAAGGUUCUCCAUGUAGCAACGACUCCCCUUCCCCAUCACAUAAUGUCAAAACUUCUUUGACAAGUACAAGUAAAAAAGAGACAUCGGAGCACAAUCAACUCAACCUUGUGAAGAUUGAAACCGGCGUUGAUACUCGAACAACAAUCAUGAUCAAGAAUAUUCCCAAUAAAAUGACCGACAAGGACCUCAUGCAUUACAUCGCUAAAGUUUGUCCGAGAAGGAUUGAUUUUCUCUAUUUACGGAUGGAUUUCAAAAAUGGAUGUAAUGUGGGAUACGCCUUUGUGAACUUCAUAAGCGUCGAGGAUCUAGUACUUUUUGCGAAGUCCAGGCUUGGUCAAAAAUGGAAUAUGUUUUCUAGCGAAAAAGUACUGCAGAUGAGCUACGCGAACUAUCAGGGCAAGGAAGCUCUCGUCGAGAAGUUCAAGAACUCCUGCAUCAUGGACGAGCGAGAAGCCUGGCGACCCAAGAUCUUCUAUUCCGACCCGGGUCCUGAACAAGGACUGCCAGAGCCUUUCCCUUCUGCUACCCACCAGAGACGCAAGGAACGUUCAUCGCACAACAGAGGGGAUCUCUUUGUUCCCGGGAAUUGUUCGCUCCCAACACAAAAUCUAUUGAAUGCCCCGUUCGGCCCUCGGAGGUUCGAUUCCAGCCCACACCGCCGCGAGCGUGAACGCAAUCAUCGUCGGCAGCGUACCACCACUACAAGAGAGUAA